AAAAGGACAAGACAAGAAACAAAGCUGGGGUUUUUCCUUGCUGCAGAAUACUACUCCCCGUACUCCCCGCCGCCGCCGCCACCGUCGCCGUCGCCGCCUCGCUCUUGACGGCUAGCAGUCGCGCCUCAGCGGCGUGGGAGGGAGGGCAUGGCGUGGGCGGCGCUGAGGCCGGUGGUGAAGGCGUGCAUCGGCGGCUCCCUCAUCGGCAUCACCGUCUCCGACCGCUACUUCUCCGUCGCCGCCGUCCACGGCGGCUCCAUGCGCCCCACCUUGGACGGCACCACAGCAGACGGACGCGAGUACGCGGUGGUGAAGCGGAGCCCCCUCUACGACUACUCCCGCGGCGAGGUCGUCGUCUUCGUGUCGCCGGCGGACCACCGGAGCAGGACGAUCAAGAGGCUGAUUGGGCUGCCCGGCGACUGGAUCAGCGUCCCGGACAAGGAGGAGAUCCGGCAGAUUCCGGAGGGCCACUGCUGGGUGGAAGGGGACAAUGGCAGCGCCAGCUGGGACUCGAGAUCCUACGGCCCUGUGCCGCUUGGUCUGGUGCAGGGGAGGGUGACACACGUGGUGUGGCCACCCAGCAAGAUGGGCCGCGUCGACAAGAGGGUGCCGCCGGAAGGAAGGGUCAUGCCGCAGCGAAAUCUCUAGUCCAGCUCUCUUCCUUCCUUGCUGGGUUGGUUGCUUUGUCCUGCAGUUUUGUUGGUUCUUGCAGGAAAAUCAUGUAACAAUGUGGCACAGCAAUAGAUAGUUUCUUAUGUAUCCUUGGUUGUAUAAGACUUGAUCCAUUGCAAGGGAAGCAUAGCUUUUUGGUAGGCAAAUUUUGGUUAGAUUAUGAUGUUUGGUGCAUUGUUGUGUAACUGCAAUAUUUUCUACUGAAUAAUGUACUAGUUUGAUAUGAAAACAAGAUAUAUUAUUUGAGUUGAAGCUGA